AAUCAAGUGAAACACAAAACGUCUUGCUGGCGAUGUGGUAAGUGUCAUUCUGCCAAUGCUUGUUACUUUAAAAAACGAGUAUGCUUUCAAUGUGGUAAAUAUGGUCAUGCUCAAGUAUGUUGUAAAAGUAGGCCGAAGGUUUCUGACCGUGAGCAUAAGUCCCGUAAAAGAAAUAAGAUGCAGACUGCAAAAGUAAUGCCGUAUAACUCAAAUGUUCUGGCCACAAAAAGUGACCAAUUCUUAUCCAAAAGGAAGUAUGUAACCACUUUUUUCGAUGGCAAACCGGUCAAACUACAAGUCGAUACUGGGUCUGACAUAACACUAAUUUCUAGAGAAACUUGGAUUAAAAUUGGUCGACCCCGAUAUCAACCUACAUGUUAUAAUGCCAAGAGUGCAUCAGGAACUAAUAUUACUCUCCUUGGAGUAAUACAGCUACCUCUCACACUAGGUGAAAAGACUAUGACCGGGAAAUGUUAUGUAUCUGGGAUCUGUCAUACCAAUCUAUUGGGUAUUGAUUGGAUUGAUAGAUUUGGUUUAUGGGACUUGCCGUUGAGCACUGUCUUCAAUAUGAUUAACUCACCAGUACCGCGAUCGCUGUCAAGUGACUUUAGUCGUUUGUGUGUUAAAGAAUUGCGUGAUAAGUUCUCAGAUAUUUUUGAGGAUAAAUUGGGACUAUGCGUAAAAGUAAAGGCUCGUAUGUAUGUUCAACAGGAAGCAAAACCUGUGUUCCUUCCUAGGAGGCCUGUACCUUAUUCGAUUACUGAUGCCUUGGAUGCAGAACUUGACAGACUACAGAGUUCUGGGGUUAUUUCUCCUGUAAAUUAUUCUGCAUGGGCAACACCAUUAGUGGUUGUAAGGAAGUCUGAUGGUAAAUUACGUGUAUGUGGAGACUUCUCCACUGGGUUAAACAAAGCACCACAGGACCAUUUAUAUCCCUUACCCAUCCCAGAGGAUUUAUAUAGUAAGUUGAAUGGGUGCUCCGUAUUUUCGGAGAUUGAUUUUUCUGAUGCAUAUCUACAAGUGGAGGUCGAAGAAGACUGUAGAUUCUUGCUGACCGUGAACACACACCGAGGACUGUUCCAAUAUAAUAGACUGCCUUUUGGUAUAAAAUGUGCCCCGGCAAUUUUUCAACAAGUCAUGGACACCAUGUUAAGCGACGUUCCGUUUGCCAUGGCAUAUAUGGAUGAUAUUAUUAUUGCCAGUAGGAAUGAAAAAGAACACUAUGAUCAUUUACGAGAAGUUUUUGCUCGUAUUCGAGAGUAUGGUUUUCGUAUAAAAGUAGAAAAGUGUUCAUUUUUUAUGUUAAGUAUUCGAUAUUUAGGAACAAUUAUCGAUUCUUAUGGACGUAGACCCGAUCCUGAAAAGAUACAUGCCAUUGUGAAUAUGCCAGCUCCAUCUAAUGUUAAAAUGCUUCAGUCAUUUUUAGGAAUGAUUAACUAUUAUAGUCAUUUUGUGCCAAAUAUGCAUGCCCUGCGUGCGCCAUUGAAUUCACUGUUAACUAAGAACACCAAAUGGAACUGGAAUAAAGAAUGUCAAGUGUCCUUUGAAAAAGUAAAACAGAUCUUGGCGUCUGACUUAUUGCUCACUCAUUAUAAUCCAAAACUUGAGUUAAUUGUGGCGGCUGAUGCAUCUGAUUACGGCAUCGGAGCGGUGAUUCUUCAUAAGUUUCCUAAUGGUUCACAAAAAGCCAUUUUCCAUGCUUCACGCACCCUUACUGCGGCUGAAAAGAAUUAAAGUCAAAUCGAAAAGGAGGCUUUAGCCCUAGUGUUUGCGGUCAGAAAAUUCCACAAGAUGCUAUACGGUAGGAGAUUUACCCUGCAAACUGACCAUAGACCGUUGUUGGCCAUAUUUGGCGCUUAGAAAGGAAUACCUAUCCACACUGCAAAUCGGCUGACUAGGUGGGCUACUAUGUUGCUAGGAUAUGACUUUGAAUUACUGUAUAAGCCGUCAGCUCGUAUGGGUCAUGCAGAUGGGUUGUCAAGGUUAAUCGCUAAUAACCGUAAGUUAGAGGAAGAUAUAGUGGUUGCUUCUAUAUCAAUUGAACCGGAAAUAAAAAGUGUUCUGUGAUGCUAUCAGAAUCCUACCAGUAACGGCGGAAGCAGUUAAAGAAGCCACGACUAGUGAUCCUCUACUUAAAAGAAUAAAAGAAGCUGUUUUAAAGGGUUGGAAACAGGACAAAUCUGAUCGAGAGUUUCACCAAUUUUUCUUGAGACGUGAGUCUAUAUCGAUUUAUGAUAAUUGUUUGAUGUAUGGUGAACGUGUUGUUAUCCCUAAAUCUCUUCAGCUUUUUGUGCUUAAACAGUUUCACAUUGGUCAUCCGGGAAUGAACAGAAUGAAAGCAGUUAUGCGUAGUUAUGUCUAUUGGCCAUUCAUGGAUAAGGCUGUGGAAGAAUACGUAGUGAGAUGUCGGCGAUGUGCCGAAGGUGCAAAAGAUCCACCGAAGAUAGAAUCCCAGCCAUGGCCAGAAACGAAAAAGCCUUGGGUCCGACUACAUGUUGAUUAUGCUGGAUCAAUAAGUGGACAAUAUAUUUUGGUGGUGGUUGAUUCAUAUUCAAAAUCGACUGAAAUUUAUGUGGUACGAAGACCAUCUACGUCUGAAACUCUGCUACAUCUGAGACAAUUAUUUGGUAGGUUUGGUACACCUAAUGUUUUGGUUUCAGAUAACGGGACGCAGUUCACGUCGUUAGAGUUUGCGGAGUUCUGUAAACAGAAUGGAAUCGAACACGUUAGAACUUCACCGUAUCACCCUAAGUCGAACAGGCGGGCAGAGAAAUUUGUUGAUAUUCUUAAACGAGCUCUCUUAAAGAUGGGAGGAGAAGGCAACGUAGAAGAGGCUCUGCAACAAUUUCUCAUUUCUUAUAGAAUUACGCCAAGUCCAAACUGUCAAGAUGGGAAAUCUCCAGCCGAAAUAAUGUUUGGCCGACCGAUUAGAACAUUUUUUGAUGUUUUGAUCCCGAAAGACAGAAUCAGUGGACUACAAAAAAAUAAGAAAGGGAAUUGCCCGAAAAUUCGAGAGUUCAAAGUAGGUGACUCAGUCUAUGAAUGGGAUUUCCGGCCUGGCAAGCCAAAAUGGAUAUAUGGGUUUAUAAAAAAACGAUGUGGUACAGUAUUAUAUGAAGUGAUGGUCGAAAAUACACUAAUUAUUAGACAUGUAAAUCAACUGCGAGAUAGAAAAUGUGUCUAUGAGUCAUCUAAACUCAAACCGUUACCAAUGGAAGUAUUAUGUGAUACAUUUGAUAUUCCACCACCACCACCACAAGUUGAAAUGAGAAAAAAUGAUCUAGAAUCAGAAGUUAGACGAAGGUCAUUCAGGAAACGGAAACAAACGAAAUUUUUUCAAGUAGACCCCAAAGUGAAAUCAUCGAUCAAACUUCGAGAGGGAGGUGAUGUGUGGGCGAGAAUGAUAAUGA